GGCCACGGAUAGCGGAAAGCGCAAAAUUCAAGCUCGGCUCACUGGCCGUCAUCAGGAGCAUUUAUCAUAUUCAUAUCUUAGUUUGAAUGGAGAGAUCCUAAACAUGCACAAAUUGUCUGGAGAGACUGUUCGUCUCAUAUCCAGUGCUCAGGUCAUCACAUCUAUUGCCAGCGUUGUGAAGGAACUUAUUGAAAACUCACUGGAUGCCAAUGCUGAUAACAUUGAAAUUAAAUUGGAAAACUUUGGCGUAGAUAAGGUGGAAGUGCGCGACAACGGCGAUGGGAUCCGGGCAGAAGAUGCAGAUUUCAUGGGUCGUAGACACUACACUUCCAAACUAACCAGCCAUGAUGAUCUAGAAAACUUGUUCACCUAUGGCUUCAGGGGAGAAGCUCUGGGUUCACUCUGUGCAGUGUCCAAUGUUGCCAUAGCAACCAAGACCAAGGAUGAAGAGUUUGGAAGAUGCUAUAUUUUAGAUCACGAGGGGAUCGCUUCAUCACCAAAGCCAUCACAAUGUUGCACAGGCACGACUGUAACUGCUUCACGUCUCUUCCACAACAUUCCAGUCCGGAAGCAAUAUUACAGCAAUGCCAAGCGACGCAGGGAGGAAGUCAAGAAGGUGGAAGACCUCCUGCUCAGCUUUGGCGUGGUUUGCCCAGGAGUGCGCUUCUCUCUGAGCCACAACAAGGCAUCUAUAUGGCAGAAGAAUAAACUGCCUAACCUGAAGACUGCCCUCUUGAAUGUUCUUGGGUCCAAUGUUAUGGGCCACCUUACGAGGGUUGAGAAGAACGAUGAGGAGACACAGGUUAAGAUUGAAGGAUAUUUACCCAAGCCUGGCUCAGAUGGUCAGUUGACCUCAAGAUCUACAGAUGAUCGUACUUGGAUUUCAGUCAAUGGACGGCCAGUAACAAUGAAAGAUAUUUCUAAGGUUGUAAAGCAGUACUACAGCCAAGCUCACCCCAAAGCUGGGAAUGUCCGCCAUGUGGUCAUGUGUCUAGCAUUCACCAUGCCUACCUAUCUUGUGGACGUUAACCUUGAGCCAAAUAAAACCAAAGUGCUCCUUCAGAAUAAUGAUGCUGUACUCUGUCUCAUCAUACAGAUGCUUGAGGAAUUAUACAGCACAACACCAACAGAAGAACCAACAAACCUUGAACUGUCUCAGAAACCUCCACUUCCAAACCCAUCCUCAGAACCCGCCACUCUGAGCCAGUCUCAAAACCAGCCUCUCAAAGGAUCAUUAUCGCAUACUGCUUCCACUACAGCUUGUGAAUUGGAACUUAAAAAGCAUGUUGAAGAGUUUAACCAAUCAAAUCUUACACUCCAUGAUAUAUCUACUUGUUUGAAUCCUACACCAUCUGCACCAUUGGGUGAUAGUGAAGCUAUAGAUCUAAUCUGUGACAUUCUAGAGAACCCUGAACCUUCCCAAAAUGACACAUCCCAGAAACCAGUGAAUAGUGAGAGAGUGAAGGACAUCUCAACAAUUCAAGCAGGAUACAACAUCUCACUCUUAGAGAGAGACGGAGAAAACAGGUUAGCAUCACAAAACCAAGGGAAUUGUAACACAAUAAAAGACAACACAAUGAAACUUCCCCAUCAGAACAUCUCAGUCUUGACACAGGAUGGAGGAACACUAUCUGCUCCAUGCUUCCAGAGCACACCAGCAGUCCAUCCUGAGAGUUCUGGAAUACAGAUCAGCUUUGUAGAUGUUCCUGAUAGAUCCGUAACAACAGCUGAUAUUAACAGAACGCAAGGAGAUGCUGCUGGUGGCGAGGCCCAGAUCAAGGACAACAUUUGCAAUAUCAACAAGGAAUCGAUUGAUGGUGGUGCCGAUGCUGCAGCAAAAGAAGUUGAGGAGUUAUGGAGCAAGGGACAUGGUCUUACUGAGCCAGAUGGUAAAGUUGUCCAGCCAUCUGUCUUGCUGAUUCCUGGCAAGCAGCAACCAUCUACGAAUGCGAUGUCCCAGGAAGUAACUACCCCCAUGGAUUCUUCCUUCCAAGCGUCGCUACCAUGCCCAAUCCGACCGCUUCAGGAGUCGACCGACAUCAGUAUGACAAGCACCAGGGUUCUGCAGAGCUCAGGGAACUCUAACCUGUUCACCACUACUGUGACAACCUCUGGAAAUCAAAGUGGUGCAUCUCCAGCUGAAGCGGGACAGAGGACACCCAAUCAAAGUCCUGGAAAGCUGAAUGAACUGACUAGUCCUGGUUCUUCUGCAGUGGCAUCAGCGGCUUGUGAUAGUCCUGUGAGGGUCGCCAUGAAAAAACCAGUAGAGGAAAAGACUAGUCCUGCCACUCAGUAUGACCUAGUAGGACGGGCUCCUGUGAAACGGCCCCAGGAUGCAUUUGCUUUCUUCUUUAAAGAAAAGAAACCUGAAAUAUUGAGGCAGCAUCCAGCGAUGGAUUUCAUGUCCAUCAAUAAGAUCUUGAAGAGGCAGUGGGAAGAACUUGAUGAAGCUGAGAGGAUCAGAUAUGAGGAGAUAGAGGCUAGAGAUCUACAAAGGUACAAAGAUCAAGUUGUCUAUGCCAAGCAGUCUGUACCGACAAAGGAUCCAAAGAAUGGACUACCUGCUAAGAAAAAGAAAAAGGUUGAGAAGCUUUCUAAUCAAAGUCUGGUAGAUGAAAUGCUGGCCUCACAACGAGAGAGAAAACAACAAGAGGCUUUGGAACAGGAGGAAGGCAAGAGAUUUGAAAUACAAAUACCAUUUUCUGUCAGCAAACUAAGGGAAUUGCCUGUGCAUGUUCAGAAGAGGUCCAAUAUGGAUGAAUGGAGGUUAAUAGGUAGUCUAGCUGAUCAUGGCGUAUGGACGGCCAUCACAGGCAAACAGUUAUCAGUGUUCAACCAGUACAGAGCCCAGGAGGUUGUGCUUUAUCACAGGCUGCUUGCUACUCACAAGCUACCCUAUCACAAGUUGCCUGUUCCUAUUGAGCUUACUGCUGGUAUGUUUGGUGAUCAGAAGAAUUGGUACACACUUCUAGGCAUGAAAAGCCAAGUCAACCCAGUCGACCAAUCAAGAAUCUUCACAGAUGAACGUCUCAUACUGAAUGGAUUUGAAAUCAGGCAGCUGAUUGACCCCGACACCAUGGACGCGAGGCUUGAGGUUGUUUCCAUGUCGAUGAACAUUGUCCCGUUUUAUGGCCUGGAUGAUCUGACUGAGAUAGUGGAAACCAUAGCAACGCAAAGAGUUCAAUCUGUGAUGCAGUGUCGGCCGCUCAAGCUUGCUAACCAUCUUAUGGGAGAAGCGGUUCGAAUGGCAAGGUCGCUGCCUACCGUCAUGACUGAAGAGGAAGUCAGUAGUAUCAAGGAAAGUGUAGAAGGUCUUACUAUGUGGAAGAGUAAACUUUGUUUACAUGGAAAAAGCUUCGUCAAGGAUAUAUACACCAUCCCUGAAGUGGAUCCAGAUUAAAGUCUGUCUGUCUUGAACUGUUUUAUUCAGGGAAAAGCAGUUUGUAUGGCAAGAUAAGUGCAUACCAUCAUGACUGAAGAGGAAGUCGGUAAGAUCAAGGAUAGCGUGUAAUAUCUUUCUUUGUGGAAGAGUAAAUUUUCUUAACAUGGGAAGAGCUUCGUCAAGGAUAUAUACACCAUUCCUAAUGUGGAUCCAGAUUAAAUUCUGUCUGUCUUGGGCUGUUUUAUUCGGGGAGAAGUGGUCCGUAUGGCAAGGUCGCUGCCUACCUUAAAUGACUGAAGAGGAAGUCAGUACUAUCGAGGAUACUGUGGAAGGUCUUACUAUGUGGAAGAGCAAACUGUGUUAUGGGAAGAAUUUGUAUAUAUAUGUAUAUACACCAUAUGUAUAUAUAUAUAUAUAUACACACCAUACUUGAUGUGGAUCCAGAAAAAGUCAGAUUACAUUUAAAUUUAGUUUACUUAUAAUAAAUAUGCAUUUUGAUGCUUAGCCAGUUAAAGUUUAAUAUCAUAAUAAUAAUAAUGGUCAGUUUUUGUAUAGCGCAUAACAAAUAGUCUCUAUGCGCUUGAGAAAACAAAGGAGAGGAAGAGAAGUGUUGGUGAGUUCAUUUUGUUGAGGCUAGGUACAAUUUGAAGAAGUUUGUUUUAAGAGCUGUUUUGAAUUUGUUAACUGAAUUUAUCUUUUUCAGGGAAUUUGGGAGUUUGUUCCAUAAAACAGGAUCACAGGAUCUUUGAUACAUGGUUGGACAUAGAUGAUACUUUGUAAAGCACUUUCUAUAUAUACAUCUGCAGCUGAUCUUGACAAUUUAAGAUUUUUUACCUUUUUCUAUGCAGUUUUUAAGUUAGUUCUGUAUACAUGUAGUGCGCACCACUAUGUGUGUUACUUCAUUUCAAUGCAGGAUUGGACUAUAAAGUCGGGCAGCCCGCAUCUGGGCCCCGUCUUACAAAGAGUUGCGAUUGAUCUAAUCAAUCACAAUUAUGGACGGCCAGCAACGCCAACAUCCAACAUGCAGAUUCAUUUCAUAGAUAUGAUGUGUAUGAUACAUUCAUCGUUCUCUGAAGACUCCGUGUGAUUCCCUUUGUGUCUUAAGGAAAUUGCGUAAAUUUCCGGUAGAAAAAAAUGGUAUGGAUGGAUAUCCAUACAGUUGAGAUUGAUUGGAUCAAUUGUAACUCUUUGUAAGAUGGGCCCUGGUUUUAAAAAUUAAAUCAGAUUAUGUGAAGAAAGUAAUAUUUAUAUUUUCAUGCACAGAAUCAUACCAUUGAUUUUAUUUUCUCUAUCUCUCUCUCUCUCUCUCUCUCUCUCACUUUAAUAAUCAUGGAUUUAGGCUUUUAGCUGAAAAUUUCAGGAUAUCAUCCUUGUUUUUCAGCUCUGAAAUGCUGUUACUAAAUCUGCAAACUGUUUAUUUAAAGAGCUUUAUUGAAAUAAUACUUUUUAAAAAAAUGACUGAGAGAGGGCUCUUAAUAUUCUCAAAUGUAAAAUUCAAAUUUACUUAAACAAUCAAUGGAAAAAAAAUGAACUGUCACUUAACUUUUUUGAGAUAGAAUGUUAGAUGAUACUCUAUUGGUUCACUUUACUGAACCUUUACUAAAGGUUCACUUUACUGAACCUUUAAAAGCUUAAAACUGUCAUAAGAUUGCUAUGUUGGUUGUAUAAUGGUUAUACAUAUAAUUAUAUUCCACUUUUUUAUAUAUAGCACUCAAUACACUGGGUCAUCUUGAAGCCCUUUACAGAAUAUAUUUUUUAAUCCAAUCAUUAGUUUGUGGCUUUCACGUACACAUAUGCACUUUUUUCAAACACUUGGGGGCAUUUCAGGAAGAUCUCAGCUCAAAUUUCAUAAAGAACUAACAAUUAUGGAAUAUUGUUAUGGUUGCUACCAUAGAAACUUUGAUUUUGAUUGGCUCCUGAGCCAUGUUACCAUGGUAGUUAACAUAGUGACAAAGUUUUCAUAAUCAUAAAUUUUGUGUGGGACUGGACAGGCAACUGUAGGAGAAAUUGCAUACAUUGUUUGCAGGCGUGUCAGGAUCCCAUAACCGGGGUAAUGAUAUAUCUGUAAAGCGCUUAGAGACGCUGCGUUUCAUCAUCAUAUGACAUCUGACAACCAUCAAUGAUUUUGAUUGGCUGAGAAGCACAGGUGUCUGUCUUUUACGUGUACUCUCCGAUUGUAGGAAUUUUACGCUCAGCCACAUAUGGAGGAUUUAAAAGAACAGAGUAAAUGUAUUGUCAAAUGCCCGUCAUAACGAAGUACAACAGAGAGGGCUUUGUCGUUGAUGAAACAGCAAAGCAGUUUAUAGUCAUUGGUUCUGGACAGAUGAUACUUUUGCAAUAUUUCAUCAUCUGUGAUAGUAAGAUGAAACUACUCUUCCAAUAAUUCACCUACUUAGGUGUUCUUUGUCAUUUGCUGGGCAUUUGACCAUACUGUACAUUUACUCUGUACUUGAAUCCUCUGUAAGUCGCUGAGCAAAAGCUCGCUAAUGAUAACCUAUCAGUGGUGAUAAUGAACGAUAUAGUUUUGAAACAGUCCCCUGGGUCUGAUAACACAAAAUUUUGCGAUUAAUCCAGGGGCCGCGGAAGCGGGGGGGCUGGGGGGGCUUCAGUACAAAAACGUAAAAGUGACCAUAUGAUUGUAAUUUUUUGCAUGGUCAGCCCCCCCACUUUUGGCUCAGCCCCCCCACUUUGAAAACCGUUCCGCGGCCCCUGUAAUCAUAUGCUUGAUUUUCGCGAUUGAUUUUGCAUUGUAGUCAAUGCAAUCAAUCGUUAAAAAAUGUUUUACAAUCAUUACUAAGAUUUGUAUUACGGGCCUCUGAUCUCAUUAUACAGUGAUUUCACUGAACAAGAAUAUGUCGUCUGAAACUUGUCAAUGUGAUGCUAAGAUUUUGUGUCCUUUUUUAUGUAGAAAACAAGAUUAAAUAAUGAGGAUGAACUCUCAUGAAUAUGAAAUAAAAUAAAUUUGCAAGCCUUCA